AUGGAACUGAAAGCGGCGGCGACAACGAUGUCCUCCAUGGUUUCUUCAUAUCCGGGCGCGAACCUUUUUCACCCGCCGGCGAUUGUCAUAAAUCCUAACCUACAUCGUGGAAUAUUUUCAUCAAGUGCUAUGCCGUGGCUUCGCACCGGCCAUCAAGAUCGUAUCUAUUGCAAAGCCAGCCACCAUCCCAGCAGGAUUGAUCAAGAUAUUGUAGAUAAAGUUAUGAUGUUUUCGAACUAUUCUCAUGAUUCGAAGCUGGUAAGCUUAACCUCACCAUGCCCGCUUUAUGGCCCUUACUGGGCUGAUCAGGCCAAGGAGUUGGAACUUCUUAUGAGUGAAUAUGGCAUUAUCCGCUUUCGCACUUUGGUGGAGGUGAAGUGGUGGCUAAAACUUUCUCAAGUUCUCCUGAGAUUCUCUAAAGAUACUGAGGCUUAUCUUCAGAGUUUGAUUGAUGAAUUUGACGUUGAUGAUGCUUUGGAAGUCAAGAAAAUUAAGAAGGUGAUCAAUCAUGAUGUUAAAGCAGUGGAGUACUUUUUGAAUGAAAAAUUCCACUCACACCCAGAGAUUGCCAAGGUGAUUGAAUUUUCUCAUUUUCCACGCUCUGCUGAAGACAUCAAUAACCUUGCUCUUGCGCUGAUGAUGAAAAGUGCUUUGGAUAGUGUCAUCUUGCCAGCCAUGGAUAAAGUGAUUCUGGCAAUACAUAACAUGGCUAAGCAAAGUGCUUGCGUUCCUAUUCUUCCUCUUACUCACGGGCAGCUUGCUUCACUUACAACCCUUGGAAAGGAGAUAGCCAUUUUUUCCAAUAUGUUAAAAGCUGAAAGGGAACGUAUUUCGAAGUUCAAUAUAUCGGGAAAAUUUGCAGGCGCUGUUGGUAACUAUAAUGCAUAUGUAUCAGCAAACCCUAACAUAGAUUGGCUACCAAUUGCUAAGGAAUUUGUCACAGCUCUUGGAAUUAGUUUCGAUCCCUUUGUGACACAGAUCGGAACUCGUGAUUGCUUGGGAAAACUUUUCCAUUCUAUCUCGUGUUUCAACAACAUAUUGGUCACUUUUAAUCAAGAUAUGCGGGGACAUAUCUCAAGAGGAUACUUCAAGACGAUGAAUAUAACAGGAGAUAUUAUGUUAUCAACUCUUGCUCACAAAGUUGGCCCGGUUGAUUUUGAAAAUAGCGAAGAAAAUCUUGUCCUAGCCAACGAGGGAUUAUCUCAUUUAAGCAUGAAGUUACCUAUCUCGCGCUUUCAGAGAGAUAUAACUGAUUCCACUGUUUUGAGAAAUCUGGGUGUACUUUUUGGUCAUUGCCUUCUCGCCUACAAGAAUGCAUUGCAGGGUUUGGUGAAACUUCAGGUCAAUGAAGAUUUAUUGACGGAAGACUUGAAUUUUGGAUGGGAAGUGCUUGUAGACCCAGUACAAAGGGUGAUGCGGACGCACGGUAUUCCGGAGCCUCAUGUGAAAUUACAGGGGCUAACUACAGGAAGAGAAGUGACUGAAGAAAUGAUGAGAAAAUUUAUUAAUGAUCUAGACUUGCCGAUGGAUGCAAAGAAGACUCUAUUAAGCUUAAAGUCCCACCCUUAUAUUGGAAUUGCACCUGAGUUGGAUAUAAUCAUGGAAAAAGCUGAGAAGUCUUGUGAUUCGUGA